AUGUCCAAAAAUGCCAAUAAUGACAAAAUGACUCGAGAAGACGAAGAGAAGAAUAUGUAUGAUCCGAAGUCUAAAUAUUUUUGCAGAACGUGUGUUGACUUAUCAACAUACAAAAAAUUAAAACCCAGUUCUCAAAAGCAAUCCCCGUAUUUCCUUGAUAAAAAGGAAUGUCCACUGGAUAAGACCAGCCUCGGUCGUGCAACUUGGGCACUCUUGCAUACUAUAGCCGCAUAUUAUCCAUCAAAGCCCACCAUUGAUGAGAUGCAAUCUAUGGAGAGGUUCUUCUACGAUUUCGCCAAGUUUUUCCCUUGUAAAUAUUGCGCUGACGAUUUUAAAAGAAAUAUGGAAAAAUUCCCUCCAAAGGUUCACAGUCGUGAAGCCCUUAGUGGUUGGCUUUGUCUGCAACAUAAUCUUGUCAAUCAGAAAAUUAAAAAACCACUUUUCGACUGUUCGAAGGUCUUGGAGCGCUGGCGCUUUGGUUGGAAAGAUAGGACUUGCGAUUUAGAAAUGCCUUUCUUACACAAGAUUAGUUAUAAGGUAAAAACGGAAACAAUCCUGGAUUUUUGGAAUGGUUUGGAAGAUCACUUGCCUAGAUCAGGCCAAGUCAAAGGACCCAUGGAAAGGCUAAUGCAGUAUAUGCGUGAAGGCAGAGAGGUUCUUGUGGUGACUCGUGGAAUGCGUGAGAUACGAGCUCUUCUCACUGGAAAACUCGGUGGCUUUGACCGGUUUUGGAAUCUGGUUUUGUUUGAUGUAAAUGAGUAUGCGCCUUCAGAUAUUCCCAGUCUUAAAAGUAACAAGGGUCCUGGACGCAAUCGUCGAAAGCGACUAAGGCGGCUUAGAAAAACUGGAAUGGCUGGAGCUGUAGAAGGGACGAGUGGGUUUGCGGUGAGCAAAGAGGAAUUUGUGGAAUUGAUGACUCGUGUGUCUAUUGGGGCAGGGCAGGUUAAUCCUGACCCGACGGAAGAACCUACAUCCCUUGGAAGAAGUUCAAUAGUACAUGCUACACAAAGAAGUCAGAAUCAAAAAAUUAAUCCCGUAACCCGGCCAGAACGCAUGCCAGGGACUUCAAAAGAAGUAGCCACUCAGAGGAGUGACGUACGUGGAUAUGAUCUAGCUUUGCAACCCAAGUUCACGUCCUAUCCAGCCCUCUACAUUCGGGGUGCCAACGUUGUAUAUGUCAGUCUCUACGAAAACUUGAAGUAA